AUGCCCGCCCUCCUCCUGCUCCUGCUGCUCCUCAGCUGCCGCGCCGCCGCCGCCGCCGAGGAGGAGGACGGCUCCCUGCUCCGGCCCGGCCCGGGCAGGCAGAGCGCCGCCGCCGCGCCCCCGACGGCCGCCGCCGCCGAGCACAACGCGUCCCGCCCGGCCGCGCUCCCCAAGGGCCCCGGGGCGGCUGCGGGGCGGCCGCGCUCCGCCUCGCCCCCCAUGUGCACGGGGCAGACGGAGAUCAAGGAGACUUUCAAGUACAUCAACACGGUCGUGUCCUGCCUGGUGUUCGUCCUGGGCAUCAUCGGCAACUCCACGCUGCUGCGGAUCAUCUACAAGAACAAGUGCAUGAGAAACGGCCCCAACAUUCUCAUCGCCAGCUUGGCCUUGGGCGACCUGCUCCACAUCAUCAUCGACAUCCCCAUCAAUGUCUACAAGCUACUUGCAGAGGACUGGCCCUUCGGUGUUGAAAUGUGCAAAUUAGUGCCCUUCAUUCAAAAGGCAUCAGUGGGAAUCACAGUGCUGAGUUUGUGUGCCCUCAGUAUAGACAGGUACCGAGCAGUCGCUUCUUGGAGUCGCAUUAAAGGAAUUGGAGUGCCAAAGUGGACUGCUGUGGAAAUUGUCCUCAUCUGGGUCAUAUCAGUGAUCCUGGCUGUUCCAGAAGCUAUUGCAUUUGACAUGAUUACCAUGGAGUACAGAGGAAGGUACCUUAGAAUCUGCUUGCUUCACCCCACGCAGAAAACAUCCUUUAUGAUGUUUUACAAACAAGCUAAAGAUUGGUGGCUGUUCAGCUUUUACUUCUGUUUGCCACUGGCUAUCACAGCAUUUUUCUAUACUCUCAUGACUUGUGAGAUGUUACGAAAGAAAAGCGGGAUGCAGAUUGCUUUAAAUGACCACUUAAAACAGAGACGUGAGGUGGCCAAAACUGUGUUCUGUCUGGUACUUGUUUUUGCCUUGUGCUGGCUCCCACUUCACUUAAGCAGAAUCUUGAAACUCACUAUUUAUGAUCAGAAGGACCCCAACAGAUGUGAACUUCUAAGCUUUUUUCUUGUGAUGGACUAUAUUGGUAUUAACAUGGCUUCACUGAACUCCUGCAUCAAUCCAAUAGCUCUAUAUUUGGUGAGCAAAAGAUUCCAAAACUGCUUUAAGUCAUGCUUGUGUUGCUGGUGCCAAUCCAAAGAUCUGUUGUCCCUGGAGGAAAGGCAGUCCUGUUUAAAGUUCAAAGCUAAUGAUCACGGAUAUGAUAAUUUCCGCUCCAGUAACAAGUACAGCUCUUCAUAAAACAAGCAUAAAAGGUAUAUUCUCUUACAUUAAUGCUGGUGCCUUUUUAAGUAAAAGUGGCAAUUACUUUUGACAAGAUGGCAACAUCCAGAAAAGUCUAGUUUUGAAUUUGCACAAAAAAAAGAACAUUAAAAAAAUUGUCCUAAAAGUGUGUCACAUUGAAAACCAUGGACGUUUAUGAAAUCAUCAUUUAUGGAACAUGAAGAGAAGCGUAGAAAGAACAAGUCAUUGUUAGCACUUGAAUACUUCUGAAUCAGCACUUCCAAAUGAUCUCCACUUCCUGUACAUGAAGUUUGUAUUCUCUGUAACACUUGUAGGAACUGAAGUCACAGUAAUUAUUAAGCAGCAUAAUAUCAAGUUAAUUGGAUCAAAGCCAUUAUUAUAUAUAACUCAAUGUAUUAUCUUUUAUAAAGCAAAUUAACCACCAUCACUAUUGUGAUUUUUUUU